CUGUCAAGAAACCGUCCAUUAGCGAAGUCGCAGGAGUACGGCCCACUCUCCUUUAAAAUAAGAGAGUAGCUGUUCCAGCUUAUGAUAGAAAUACGUCAAGUAACAUUCAACCAAAUAUGUGUUAACUGUCCAAAGUUAUGCUACAGAUUUUGUCCCGAAAACACGAGUUUAUGCUAGUAACAUUAGCACAGCCUGUAUGUAAAACAUCGCUGGUUGCUAAAGGUUAUCGUAGCUAAGGGGAAUUUAGCGUGACUUUGCUAAAUCGGCAAAGAAAAUUAAUGACUUUGAAACUGCAAAUUAAGAUUCAUGCCCGGAUUUUUUUUUUAAUCUGUGCAACUUUAUUUACCGAAGUUUUCGUUUAAGGCUUUUAUUUUGAAAGCGUCGGCUGAAACCAGCAUUUGUGUACAUAUCCAACUUGACACAGUGGAAAGGUUAAAAAAGCUUCACCUCGGUCUUUUGCUGAACGCCGGGACGAGAGAUUAUAUUGUGUUAUCCAGCUGUCAGAUUGAAUGGAAGGAAGCCAGACAUGGAACCGAGCCGAACCGGGCGAGUCCAAACCAAGUCGAGAAAUAAGAGACAGCAGCACCCAAACUGACAGCAAAAUACAAGGUCAUGGCCCCCGGCUGUCAAAGGUAAACGUCUUCACCUUGCUGAGUUUAUGGAUGGAGUUAUUCCCUCAGCUGCGAUCAGAGCAGGAUGACGAUAGUCAGCUCCAUGGAAUGGGUCUGGUGGUAGUGCGGGAAAGCAAAGUGGUGGGACUUUACUGUUCAGGAGCUGAGCUCCACGCAGGACAGGCAGCCAUCAUCCAGCACGGUGCCCGCCUGGCUGACUGUCAGCUGUACUUUUCAAGGAGACCCUGCGCUACGUGCCUGAAGAUGAUCAUCAAUGCUGGAGUCAGUCAGAUCUCCUUCUGGCCUGGGGACCCUGAGAUCAGCCUGCUGAAGUCUGCCUCUACAAACCAUUCAAGCUCCUGCAGUCCAGCUCACUCCAUCUCAGAGGAAGCUUUACUGGAUGCUGUAGCAACAGAGAAACUGAAGUCCAACAGCCGUCCUCACAUCUGCGUGCUGCUGCAGCCGUUGGCACCUGGCCUGGCACAGUUUGUCACUGAGACGUCCAGAGAUUGUGACUUCAUGGAGAGGAUCACUGAUGAUGAUCCAGAGCAGAACACACAGGAGCUCUUCAACAGAGAACGCACAAGAUACCUGAGAGAUUUCUCCAGAAAAUUCCUGGUUGGUACAUCUCAGCAGCAUCAAGAGAUCUUGAAGCACAUGGGCCUGGAGAAUUUCUGUGUGGAGCCUUACUUCUCCAGCCUGAGAAACAACAUGAGGGAGCUGGUGGAAGUUUUAGCUGCAGUGGCUGCUGGGGUGCCGCAACAACCCUACGGCUUCUACAGGGAACACUCGUCAUCAUCACUGCCUCCUUGUCGUGAAGAAGUGCCCCAAGAAGUGGCUCGUCACUGCAUGAUCCAGGCCAGGCUGCUGGCCUACAGGACAGAGGAUCAUAAAGUGGGUGUGGGUGCUGUUAUCUGGGCCAAAGGACAGUCGGCUGGCUGUAACGGAACAGGUCAGCUGUACCUGGUGGGCUGUGGGUACAACGCUUACCCCGCAGGUUCGCAGUAUGCCGAGUACCCUCAGAUGGACAACAAACAGGAGGACCGCCAGAGACGCAAAUACAGAUACAUUGUCCAUGCAGAGCAGAACGCCCUCACCUUCAGGACACGAGACAUCAAACCAGAGGAGCCCACCAUGCUUUUUGUAACUAAAUGUCCAUGUGAUGAGUGCGUCCCUCUGAUCAGAGGUGCCGGCAUCACACACAUAUACACCUCCGAUCAGGACAGGGACAAAGAUAAGGGAGACAUUUCCUACCUGCAAUUCAGCAGCCUGAAGAACAUCAGCAAGUUCAUAUGGCAAAGAAGCCCUUUGGUUUCCUCAGUGCUGCCCUCCCACCUUGCCAAUGGUUGUGUUGGUAAGCACAGGAGACAGACUGAGAAUGAGAGCCUCAGCAACAAGAAGCUGUGCACCAACAGGUCCUGCGGAUCACCCACUGCCAGCUGAACAUGGACCGUUGAUGGAUUCGUGGAUAAAUCCAUGUCCCAAAAAAAUCCCCACAGAACCACAUUUUUGAGUUCACGUGCCACAGAUUUCAUCGUUCACAGCUGUAUAAAUACAGCUAAGUGUUGUCCCUCUGGAGUAUCAAAUCUGUGCCAUGUGUAAUUUCACUCAUCUGUAUCUUUUACAAGUCCAGUCAUCAUGUGGGUGGAGAGAUUAAAACAAACUGAAAUUAAUGCAAUGCAAUGACCUCAAAGGGACAUUGCUGAGAGAGGCUGGAUGGAUGCAUCAAAGAUUUUUUUAAAAAAAAGUACAGAAACUAUAGACAAUUUUAAGUGUGUAAACAAAAGUACUACAAAAUAUAUUUUAAAUAGUAAAAUAAACUGUGAUGUGUAGAUUUUUUUUGCGGUUUUUGAAACAAGUGGGAGUAGCCCAUUAUAAAAAAUAUAAACAAUGAGAAUGUGUGCGGUUUAAAUAGAUGUAGCUCUUGUUUGUCCAGGAUGGUGCUCAAGGUAGAGGGCGGUUUAAAAGAAUUAUUGAUGCUUUUAUUUUGAAGGCAGCUGCUGUGAGCGUGUUUGAAAGAUGUUUUUUUUUUUUAGACCUUUAUUCUUUUGAAUGCCAUCUGGAUGGAAGCAAAAAUGCACUAAAGUGAAAUUUGUUCAAUGUGUAGAUUCUGCUUGAAAGAAAAUCAAAAAACAUAUUCUGGAGAGCAGAGAGAAAGCGUGCUCGUUUUAACAGGAAGAUUUGCUAUUGGAGCACGAAGGAAUUCAGCUUUACUUUGAUGUCGUUAUUUUUAUGUAUUUAUUCAAUGUUGAGGAAUCUUGUUAAGUUUAAGCUUUAAUUUUCUGCACGAAAGCACCCGGUAUGUUUUUUGUUUUGUUUUCCUGCAGGUACAAUAACAAACUGUCAGUGUUUUUGUAACUUGAGUCCAAAUUACAGGAAGACAGCGAGACUGUGGAGCCACUCGGCAUAAUCUGGAAAAUACGAGUCUCUGCAGAUGAUCAGCAUCUGUAAAUGUAUACAAUCUGCCCAUGAACACGUGACAAAUGAACACACACAGGCAAAGCAUGCAUUCCCAUCUUUUUUUUUUUUUUUUAAUUUUAUUUAUUUGUUGUGAAUGUUGUACAACAGCAUCAAAGUGGAAAACAAGGUGGCUGCUUUCAGAGGACACCAGGUGUUUAAUGUUUAAUUUUACUUUGACAAAAGUUGCUCAUAGUUGUAAAACAGGCAUCAAACAAGUAUUAUUUGGCUCAAGUCUGAUGUGAAGCUGGUUGGCUUACAUUUGCAUUUCAUGUUAUAUCAUGAUAUACUUGAUCACAACCUAUGGCAUCUGAAAUGGCUGGUAUUGGUUUUGUCAUCCAGAAAGACAAAGCAUGGAGAACUAUUUUUUUCAUUUUUUUCUUUGAUCCUAGAUGAAAAGUAAGAGCAGAACAGCCUUUAAUGUGUUUAAGUCUUCCAUUUAAACUCACUGUUUUUAAUUAUUCAAGACAAAGGUUUAGGCUUUACUUGAGAGAUUUAUCACGACUCCAUUUCCGGUUUGUUUUAAAAUUUCUGUGAAUGCUCAUCAAAUAUCAACUGGAAAAUAAAUUCAAACACUUCCAAACUUUAGUCUCGGAAUCUUUUUGUUAAAGGAGGAGAUGUUAAUGAUUGAUUUAAGACUAA